GGACAAGCAAGAUGGAUGUGGAGUGAUGCAGGAGCUUUGACUAGACUAAUGUGAGAGACUGAAGAGCGCUGAGAGACUCACAGAGAAGAAAAUUAUAUUUAGUUUCAGCAGCAGAUUGUUCUCGGUGUUUGAACUGGAGAGCAGGCUGAGGGAUUCUCAACAGGGGAAGCUGAGACACUGAUAGAGGUGAGGUGGAAUGGAAAGGCAAAGAUACAAACCGACAGAUGAACCACCUGUUCUCUUACAGAUGAGGUGAGCAUAUUAACACAAAGACAUUAAGAAAUCCUGCUGCUCUUCAGACUAACAAAUGCUACUUAGGUGGCGGAUAUUUAGAUAUCUGCUGUCAGGAUUUCCUGGACCUGGUCUCAAAAAAGGAAGCAGACACGUAACCCCAGGUGACCUCCCCUUUCCAUCCUCCUACCAUACAUUUAAUAACUUGUGGACUUUGUAGAUUUGAGUCUUCAUCUCCCAUGGGAUCCUUAAACUCCCUGAUGAGCUUCUCUCAUUGCGACCUGAGAGUAUUUGUGAACUGGUCUUAAGGCGACCCACCCCCCGGAGGCUCAACCAGCCUGUCCUCUUCUCUUCCUAAAACUUGAUGUCUUGAUCUUGAUGCAUUGCUGUGGGCUGGGACACUGGCGGAGAGUGCCGUCCACCUAUGGAGAGCGUCACGACUCGGAUAUCGUUGAGGAAAGAAACGCCCAGGUGCAGCUGGAAAAGGCUAAGUACAAGCCUGUGGCAUUUGCUGUACGUUGCAACUUCUCUUACACACCAGCUGACGAUGACAACGUCCCUGUUCCAGGCCAAGCUGUCACCUUUGAGGCCAAAGACUUCCUCCAUGUCAAAGAGAAAUUUAACAAUGACUGGUGGAUCGGACGUCCGGUAAAGGAAGAUGGUGUGGUGGGCUUUGUUCCGAGUCCAGUCAACCUGGAAACCAUUCUUAUCAGAAGAGAAGUCCAAGCCAGGAAAGCUGCCAAGGCCUUGGCCAGCAAAGCAGCAUUACAAGUAACUCAAGAUAUGAACUCAAAGAAAUACACUCCUCCCUCACAAGCCAAUCAGCAGGUGAAAAAGAAACCGGGGGAACAGGUGACAAUGUAUGAUGUAGUCCCUACAAUGAGACCUGUGGUUUUGAUGGGGCCUUCACUAAAGGGCUUAGAGGUUACCGAUAUGAUGCAAAAAGCACUAUUUGACUUCCUAAAACACAGAUUUGAAGGGAGAAUUACUAUCACGAGGGUGAUGGCUGACAUCUCUUUGGCUAAACGCUCUAUCCUCAACAACCCUGGCAAGAAGGCCUUAAUUGACCGGACCAACACGCGCUCUAAUUUAGAUGCUGCUGCCCAGAUCCAAGGGGAGGUGGAGCGCAUAUUUGAGCUGGCCCGGAGCAUGCAGCUCAUAGUUUUGGAUGCAGACACAAUUAACCACCCACUGCAGGUGUCAAAGACGUCCCUUGCUCCAAUCCUUGUUUAUGUGAAGAUUUCUUCACCAAAAGUGUUGACAAGACUCAUCAAGACAAGAGGGAAAUCUCAAACCAAACAUCUUAAUGUUCAACUUGUGGCAGCAGACAAGCUGGCCCAGUGUCCGUCUGAAAUGUUUGAUGUCAUCUUAGAUGAGAACCAGCUGUCUGAUGCCUGUGAGCACAUUGCUGAUUACCUUGAAUCCUACUGGAGAGCAACACAUCCACCAGAGAUGGAGGCUGCAAAUGCACUUGUAGCACAGCUGGCUGAGAACACACUGCCUGCCACUCCAACAACAGUACCGGAUGACCAAAAAAGUAAGAAGCCAGCUGCCCUCAAGAGGAAGGGUUCACGUCAGAACCACCAAGACAAGGAGCCCCCAUCAGCCCCAGAUCAAGAGGACAGAGUUGAGGAAGGCCAAAGAAAGGAAGAAGAAGAGCAACUUCUGAGGACAGAACCAAAAAGACCCCAGCACACCCACCACCAUCACCACCACCACCACCGCCGGAUGGAGCACCACGGCCAUAUCCAGCACAGCCAACCAUCUGAUGGUGUGAAUGCAAAGUCAGGCAGAGAUUACAGCCAGAGGCCUCCAAGGAGACACCUGCCUGAGGAGAGAGAGAGUGAGGUGGAAGAAGUAGAGGUGGAGGGGGAUGAGGAGGAGAUACGCUAUAACCACCGGGGCCAUAACCAUUACCAUCACAGUAGCAACCACCACCACCACCACCACCGUCAUCAUCAACGCCAUCGUGGCCAGCUACAGGACAGGGACAGCUAUGAGCAGGAGCACAAUGAACGCAACCGAAAUCAAAGGCAUCACCAGCAUAUCCCAACACGGACACACCACGCAGAUCUCUAUCCUGCACACAAUCAUCACAACUACCACCACCAGGGCAGAGAUCGGGACAGAGAAAGGCACAAGGACAGGGAAAGAGAUAGGGAUCGAGUUAGAAACAGAGAUGCAAAUCAGUGGCACGAAGAUUCUUACUUGGACAAUUGACUUGUUUCUACUUCAAGCUGAUGCACAGUUCUAUGCUGCUUGUUUGAUAAUGCACUCAUAGGUGAAACAAAGUCAUGUUUGCAGGCAAUCAUUCCUUUCAUACUGUUUGUAAUUACUCUUUUACACUUUGAAACGUUCUCUGCACACACAUAAUACAAGCCUGACACACUAUCCUCCACAAUAAUGGAAGCAAACCACAAAUUUAAAUUCACAACACCUGCAAAGGUUGAAUCGCUCUUCAAACGAUGUUGCCAAGCAAGUGGUGUGACUCUGCAAUUUGCCUAAGUUUCAAUAAAGUGUUAUACCUGCAUUAAGUGGAAGUAUUUCCUAUAUUUAUUAAAAUUUGCAUAAAUUAAAAGGUUUGGAUCCUAAAAUACUAUUUCUGUUUACCACACACAGUUACUGAAAAAACAUUUAGAUCUCCUAAAUGGUGGUGAACUUUGCUCAUCAGAUAUGUAGACAAACAAAAAAAAAACACAACCUGAUGCACUGCAGUCUUUAUAAAAAUGAGGGCAGAAACGUAACCUUGAGGAGUGCCUGACAAAUUGCACAAGAUAUCUGUAAUCUUUAAAUAAAUAUUCAAAACAAAAUCUAGCCAUCAUUGUUUCACCCCCAUGAUUGUCCCUUGCAAUCUGUAGUUGUGCUGAUACUGAUUUAAAAAUAGCAAUCCCUUUUUUUUUUUCCUUUUGAUGCUGUAAAAUAGGCUUUGGGGUACUUCUUGUUUUAGGAGGUCCCUGUAAAAAAACGUUCUCUUUCGCUCUUCCACUUUUGUGCCUGCUGUGCCUGUGGCUGAAGGUAAUAUUUGGAUUGUACAGUUGUUUUUGCAUUAUUGAUCUGGCAUAAACUUACUGCAGUUGAUGGCCAUGUUUGCACUUUUGACAUCAUCAGUGCUUUUUUGCUUUGUGAAUUAGAUGCAGAGGCAGAGCUGACAAUUGGAGCACAUUAUGUGCAAAAAAACUCUACCUUAAAGUGCAUUGCAGUGCAAUACUGUUGAAUAAGUCCAUAUGUAUUUUUUUUUUUUUUUAGUCUUUACAGAAAAUAAACUUUUUCCACUUUGAUAUUAAUGUAGUGCUCUACACAGGAACAUUUGAGUUUAUUCUGUUUCCUAACAUAGCAGAGUAUUUUAAUUAAAUGUUAGAAUUGUUCCUCAUUAUUUGUACUUAUCUGGACAAGAAAGUUUUUUUUUUCAAUAUAAUUUUAAUAUGAAUGAAAAUUAGAAAACAGUUGAUCUUGCAUUUCACUUUUAUUAUCACUUGUUCUUUAUAGUCAUAAAAUAUGACAAACAAAGCAAAUACCUUUUAUAACUUUACAUAAUCAACAGCAGGCUAUAUGUUAAUCAGUUGUCAAAAAAGAAAGAUCAUUCAUUUCUGCUUUUUCUAAAAAUUAAAAUGGUGUCAUGUUUAGAGUUUGCAAGAUUAGAAAAUUAACUGGUAAUAGCUGAUCAUUUAUAGACAAAUGUUUAGCUUACAAAGUUCAAAUUUCUCUUUAGUUUCUGUAUUGCAAAUAUUUGAAUUUUCACUAUUGUGUUAUUUUAUUUUAAGCAUUACAACCUAAAUUGUUUUUUUUUAUCUGUAUAAUAAAAAAAAAAAAAAAAAAGAAAAAGUCAUAUUUUCUGUUCUACUUUUGGAAAUGUUAAAGCCUAUCUACUGUCUUGCAUUUGGUCUGUCUGGAAGCAUGACUAAUCUUGUGGUCAAACACAAUUAUAUGCAGGAUAAUCUAUGCAUUUUAUUAUGAUAAAACAUUGCUUGAAUACAAUCUAUGCAUUUGUAUAUACUUCAUAUUUGCCUUGUUAUUUAAAUGAAGGAAGACAAGAGCUUGUUAUACUAUUCAGUAGACCUAAUGGGUGUGAGUGUAUUGAGUAAACAAGACAGAUUUUUCCUUUCAAGAUUUAUUUUGGUUACAUAAAUUUGUACUGCAUUCAGAAGUUACUUUUGACAAGAAUGGAUUAUAUUGUUGAAAAUCAUUAAAAUAUUUAUGCUGUGUAACA